CACAAGAAGACCAUUCUGACCCCUCCCUUACCACCACCCUCCUCCUUAUUAAACAUAACUUUAUCUGGAUCCUUGUCGAAUGGUGAAAGAAAUAUUUCUUUCCUUCUCAGUAGAGGAGCAGAGGUUAAACAUUCUGGAUUCCAUGUUUAGGGAUACAGAUACUUUUUAGAACUAAGUUUAUAGACACAAGACUUUUUGUUUUUAUCUUGUAUUCGCUCUCCAGUGUCUUUUUCUUUUGUUUGACACGAACAAUACAUGUCUUCUUGGAGGCUGCUCCAGCUACCCACCCCCUGAACAGAUGUCAGGGUGGGAAUAAAGCUCUUCCCUCAGGACCACUUCAGAAGGGGAGGUGAGAUAUUAAAUUGUAUGAGAAGAUGUUUUGGAGUGUUUUUGGAGGAUGGUAGAUAUAUGUAUCUAAUUGCAAUCGCUUCACUAAUUACAAUUCUUUCUAUCUGAUUAUCUCAUGGGUCAUGCAUGGUGUGGCCAUCUACAUGUGCUUCUCUAAUGAGUAGAUUGCAUUUUGAUGCUUACUUCUUCUUUAUAAUCUCUUGGAACUGUGAAAGGUCUUGUACAGAUGACAUGUGCCGCAGGAUCUUCUAAUAACAACAGAAUAGUAACAGAAAACCCGGUUCCUUGGGUAAGUACUCCUUUAAUUCUUUGUCUCUAGCAGAUGUGCCUUCCACACUAUUCUUUUUAUCUUUCUGAUUGUAUCUCACGUCGUCUUGACUCUUCCUCUUCAGACUUCUUUUCUCUAGUCUAUUGCAUUCUAGUGUUUGUCAUUUCUGUUUACAUUAUUCACUAUAAAUUGCAUUAAGGUCACACAUAUUUACAAAGUUUGAACCUCUAUGCUUUUGGAAGGACAAAGCGCAAUAGCCCAACAGCGUUAUUCACCGAAAGUAGAAUACAAGGUGAAUUCAGCAUUAAUUUAACAUUUAUGGUUAAAGUAGCUAAACGAAGCAUAGAUGAGUUAGUGAAUUUUUUACCUUAAAUUUAAAUUCUCACUUUAGCGAGUAAACCAGUCCGGCUACUUCACUUGUUCAUUUUAAUUUCAGGGGAAGGGAUAGCGGACGUCAUAGAACAUCUACGAAUUCCAUGGCGAAGUGGUUUAAAGAGUAUCUCAGUUUUGGGAGCAGGAGAUCUCCACCGCAGCCACCCAAACCAGAUUACUCUGAAAGCGAAAUUAUCCGUGCAUACAGAGCACAGAAAAAUCGGGAUUUUGAAGAUCCAUACGAGGAAAAGGAGCAUGUGUUGGAACAUGUAGAGUCCCCAGCUAGGGUUGCUGGGUUCCAAGUAACAAUCCUGCCCCCUAGACAGAGACUUAUCAAAGUGGAGCAGACAGAAAAUAACUGGAGCAGGAGGCCUAGACUUGGAGCAGCCACUGAGGAUGAGGACAUGAUGAAUAAGGUUAGUCAAAGUUGCUACUGAUUUUGUCGUAUAGGAAAAACACUUGUGUUAAUAGUUUUGACAGUAGUCCACCUAUUGUGUUUAUGAUAUGAACAUCAAGAAAAUUAACCAUUGAAGUGGCCACACAGAGCCCACUGUAGUGGUUAUGGUGUCAAGAAUGCCAUGGCUCCAUCGCACAGUAAGAUGUCAAACAUGCGCCACAUCAGUUACAGUCUUCUUCAGCAGGAGUAGCCAGAUUGCUCCAUAGAGGUGGGUGCCAUGCUAUACUCCACAGAGACCUCUGGUUUCUCCUGCAGUGUGUUGUAGUGGUUAUGGUUCUUUGAGUGUUCCUUUAAAUGCAUAGAUAAAUAUAUAUAUUUUUUUUAUUUCACUUAUAUGGAACCGGUGAGAAAGUUGUAUAUGCAUUAUGGAUAUGCUACAGACGCUCUGUUUUUGAGGGCUGCCAUCAGUGUAUACAAGCAGUCCCCCCUUGUAAGUAGCCUGGUGCUAUGAUGGGGCCCUGUUAUGACCUUAUGCUCUCCAAUUAUAGUGAUAUCAUGGGAUUAUAUUAAAGCAGCUACAAAUUACCAAUCCCAUAAUGAGAUUUUCAUUGAUUGUGCUUGUGUAGUGAAAUCACAGAAUACUUAGAUUUGGAGAGGUCUGACCAGUUAGCACAAAAUGCAAUAUAACAGCAUUCUUAAGAGUACGAUGUCUACUUGUGGACUUGGAAUAUCUGAGUGUGGAAUGGUUUGGAAUAAAGCAGAUGUUUAGGUAGACAUAUAAUUGGUAAUAAGGCAAUGCCAUGUCAAAUUGUCAUCUCCGGCAUCGGAAGCAGUCGUUUAUUUUUAUUGAUUUUAUUAAGUUUUUCUGAAACUGCUCACUGUGCUCUUAAUAUUAACAGACAGUCAUUACGUGCUGUGGCUGUUUACCUCCUAGUGAGUCAUGAAAUUUUGUGACUUGCCAAGCAAGGUGUGAAGGACGUCCAAUGCGCAAGGUUCCACCAAUGUCCUUCUGAAGAGUCCACUUACCGAAGACAGGCAAACACAGGAAGCCUAGAUGGCGGCCUGUUACGUCCCCUCUAAAUAUUUCAGGUGGCGUGGGGGGAAUGAUUUCUGCUGGUGUGAGCAAUAUUAUCCUGAUCCGGAGACAGAAUUCCAUUAUCCCCAGAGUCUCUCCAAGGUCUUAGCAAGUGCACAUGGAUGCAUUUUAACUCACUCCAAUAGAGAGAAUAAAAUGUGCUCAAAAUAUUACAUAAUGUUUGUUUGCAAUUUGGUUUAUAGAUUGAAUGAUAUGCAUUUGUUUUUUGAACCACCUCCCUAAAUUAUUUUGUGAAUCACAGAACAAUGAUAGAUGAUUAUAUUGUAUUAAUUAUCUAAUGUAAAGCAAAAAAUAUUGCAUUUAAAUACUAAACAACACAAUUAAGAUGCACGGUUAUAGCUACAGAGAGAGAAUGAGACAAAAAUAAAUAUCGGAUGACAAAUUUCUCCAAAGUAAAAAUAAAAAAUACAUAUAUUCACUAAACUAGGAAUUGACUGGUGAAUUUAAAUUUUACUCCAAAAUCCACAGAUUGCAUUAAUCCCUCGGGUCAGCUAUGAUUUCAGGACAGCUAUUUUUUAAAUAAUAUUUUACAUUCUUUGGUCAAUUCUGACAAUUUACAGUUUAGUCAAUAACAAUAAAAACUGUUGUCACCAGUAAUAUAUGCCUGGUUACAAAAUGAAAAAAGGACUACCACUACUUAAUGAUCCUCUAGCAUGUAAGCUGAUUGAGCAGAGCCCUCCACCUCCACCCCCUCUGUUCCUGUACGUCCAGUUGUCUAGUUACAAUUACAUGUCUGUUAGUCUACCCAUUGUACAGCGCUAUGGAAUCUGAUGGCGCUAUAUAAAUUAUAAAAUAAUAAUAAAGACCAUCUAUUGCGGCAAUCCUUUCUUUUUUCAGUGAGUUUCCACAGGCUGCAAUUCAUUCUGCCCUCCACUGCUGCUAACACAUAUAUGUAGUUCUUGCCCUGUUUCUGUAAUUGGUAUGCGCUGUGGAAUAUGUUGGCGCUAUAUAAAUGCUACUGAUAAAUAAAUAAUAAAAUAAGACUAAAUAGGAUGAAGGCAGAUAGACUGAGCUAUUCUGUAACCCCUUGUUUGUUUAUUUAUGUGCAGGUCUCAAUUGGCAGUGAAUAUUCUGACCCAUUUGAUGUAAAGAAUAAAUGUAUCUCAGAAAAUGGAGAAAUGGAACAUUCUAGUUAUAUGGAACCGUAUGAGAAUGAUGGCGAAAUUGCAGGUGUGUGAGAUAGAACGGCUUCCGUCUUGGAAUUCAAACUAUCAGUCUUGUCAUAACAGUAAAUUAAUAGGAAAUAUUGCUCGUUAUGACCUAUCCUCAGAUUUUCACAACAAUAAUAUAUAAAUUGACUUUUGAAAGGGGAACUAAUGAAUGUAAAUUAAUAGUCGGGCCAUUAGUGCAAGCCAACGGCCAUAGAUAAGACAGACAUGGAAUUAAUGAGGAAUCACUCAGAGAUUUGUCUCCUGUAGUGUGACCUUUUAAUUGAAGAUUAUCACUACAGGCGCAUACAGUAUUGUGUAUUGUAAAUGGACCCUAUUCAAACAGGCUUAGAGGGGUUUAGUUGUCACUUUGAUGCACAGUGACAGCUUGAAUAAAAAUUGCAAAGACAGGAAACCAGUCCAAGGGUUUUUACUGCCCCAGGCAAAAAUCAAUUUUGCUAUCCCUAGUGUAUCCCACACCUUCCCUGAGGCUUUUUCGCAUUUCUUUUGUCUGUGUUUUUUCCCCUCUGACAGCUUUGUGAGGUGUGUCUGGAUUUUGUAUUUUGAGGUAAUGUGUAAUUGUGUGGUGGGCUGCAUGUGGCUUAAUGCCUAAAAAAAUUUUUUUUUAAAGUUGGUUGUCUGGUAGUAUGAAUCAGUGUGCUGGGCGGGUAACCCCACUGCAGUUCUUUGACUCAUGGAACAAUGAAGCACUACAAACUGCGAGUCACAUUUUUCUUUACAAUUGCAUUGUGGUAAUGCCAGCUUUGCAUGCAGGCUCACAAAUAUAUAGAGUUUAUUUAGAAAGGAUUUGGGCUUUUGUGUGAGUAGAAUCACUACCGUUUAUUUAUAAUACUUAAAGAGUUAUUUAUUAAAGGAACACUAUAGCGUCAGCAACACAAACAUGUAUUCCUGAAACUAUAGUGGUAAAAUGACUAUUUAGAUCUCCUGGCUCCCUCUUUUUAGUUUAGAAAGGUGGUUUUACUCACUUUUAUUUCCAGCACCGCUGCUCCCGCUCUGCCUUGACUCCAUGGCUCAGAAGAUUAAAUUUGACGAUCUCAGCCAAUCCAGUGCUUUCCCAGAGGAAAUCAUUGGGAGGUUAUUGUGCAUGCGCAGCAAAACGCUGCACUGCGCCAAUCACCAUCUCCUCAUUGAGAAUAAUUUAAUUAUUGCAUCUCUAUGGGGAACGUUCUGCGUGUUCAUGCAGAGUGUGUGCAGCACUGAGAUAAGAAGUACCUCUAGUGGCCUUUUGAGUGACUGCCACUUGAAGUGGUGUUACUAGACUGUAAUGUAAACACUGCAUUUUCUCUGAAAGGCAGUGUUUACAUUGAAAAGCCUGCAGGGACUGACUAUACUCACCAGAACUACCUCAUUAAGCUGCAGUUGUUCUUCUGACUAUAGUGUCCCUUUAAAUUCAGGAUUGCCAAUAAUUUACACACAGAUUGGAUUAAAUAAAGUUUAAUUAGUAACAAAAUGCAAAGCUGCCUGUUGUUGAGACAUUUUGUAGUUGCAAUUCAGGGCAAUCUGGUCCUGUUGUAAAAUAAGCUGAAUUAAUAAACAACGUAUAGGAGAUUCAGUAGUUUUAAAUUUGUGAGUUCAAUUAGAAAAAGUCAAUUGAACUCCCAAUAAAUAAAUGAGUUCCUCUGACUGAUUAUGCAGACAGCAAGUAUACAGUAAAAACAGUAUAAAGAAAUAAGGGGGCAUCCUCGUGUCCUGCCUGGAGGGUACAGAUUACAUUUAAUUAGCAGGAAUAAUAAUCAAUAGUUGCCUCAUGUGAUGUGCAAUGUAUUUGGAGCUAUAUUUCAUUAACACAGGUGUCCUAGUUUUGUUUUGGUUUUUUGUUUGUUUUAAAGAAUGCCUAUUUAAGUGCUCAGAAAUAAGUAUUUUAUAUUAUAAUGGAAUUUUACAAGUAGCAGGAUUUGGACAAUGCUGUAUGGGCACCCCUUUGAACUAUGGAUGGUGGCACAAUUAGAUGCUUUAGAUCUCUGAGAAUAGGAUAGAUACCAAGGCUCACUCGUAUUUAAAGGGGCCGAGGAGAACACCACUAACUAACUUUAACACCUUACCUCUUGCACUAUUGUUGAGAUAAAUUUGAAGGAAACAUGUGAGGGGAAUAGGAGGGACUCCCAGCUUUUUUGGGGGGGAUCCUUGAGACACCAGCAUUAAUUAUACCUUUCCCGAGGGGCUCGGGAGUUGUGUAAUAUUUUUAACCCGUACAUGUGAUGUUAAGUGAAAAUUUAAUUCCUUGGUGUUUUGAUUAUUUAUUUUAAGUGCUUGGGCAAAUUUUAUUAUGCAUCUAUUGUGAGCUAGCUUGAGAUUUUUUCAAAUAGUAAAUAUCAUGCAAUUCACCUUAAAUUCUACCUAGUUGUAGCUGAACGUAAAUAUUGUGAAGCAGAAAUUAAUGUGCUGCAUGAAAACUGAUUGGCUGUAUUUAUUUAAUAUGUAUUUGUUCCUCAGGUCAACUUUCUUCAGCAAAAAGUGAGGUAGAGAGAGGGUUACAGCUGUAUGACUGUCCUUAUGAAGAACGAUAUCGGGGAAUUUUUCAGGACAGUCGUCAGCCAUCAGAUGAUGAAAGGCCUGCUGAUGAAUAUGACCAGCCCUGGGAGUGGAAAAAAGAGGGCAUAAACAGAGCAUUUGCAGGUACAGCAGGCACUAGAACAGUAUUUAUUUUAUGUAGCCACAAUAAUAUCUCUCUAAAACAGAAUAAAUAGUAUAUCAGAAAAAAGUAAACCAUGAAAAUGUACUCAAAAAAAUUAACCACAAUUACCACCACAAAAAUUCAGUGACAGUUAUUUAGUGUGAUCUCAAAUGAAUACAUAGACUUUAAAAGAAUCUCAGCAAGAAUCCAAAGGGGGUGAUGUCGUGUCCAUUAAUGUGAAAUUAUGAUGUCUAUUCCAGUGCAAUUUGAGGGCUCGAGUUGGCAGCACAGUUCUCCCACAAGGAGACAUCUCCUUCUACAUUCCAAACCCAGGAGUCCAGGUUCUCACAAUCUUCAAAGCACAUCCACAUCCUCCAUCCAUAGCUUUGAGAAAGAAAAUGGGUCCACCUCAAAAGAAAGAUUAAGUGCCUUAGGUGAGCCCAAGGACAUCAGUCUGCCACUACACAGACAGGCGUGAGUAUUUGUGUGGGAAGUAGUCAGUAUAAGUCAAAAUGUAUGUUGGUUUUCUUAUAGCACUGUCUUUUGUCCCAGGUGGUACCAUGGAGCUCUGAACCAUGUAGACGCGGAGAAGCUGCUGCAUGAGGUGGAUCUGGGAGGUUUUUUGUUGCGUACAGAAAAUGAGAGUGUUCAUUAUCUCUCUAUAAGGUGGGUUUCAUAAACAGAAUCUAACUUGUACUUGUACCCCAAGCACAAACAUAUUCUGACGAAUCAGCACUCAAAACCUUUCCUAAUUUGCUAAAGAGGUACUCUAGGCAAAAUCAAAUAUAUUUGUAUUUUUUGAGCCAUUUACAUUGAAUCGUAAUAUAAAAAAUGCCCAGUUUUAAUUUUUUAUAAAAAAGUAUAGUUUUUAAACUCACCUUCCAUCCAGCACCACAAUGUCCUCUUCGUCAAGGUUGAUCCAAACACAUUAGGGUCAUCAAGCUUCAGGAAUCAUUUUUCACUGACAUGCAUAUUAUCGAUAGCAAUGAGGACACGAGACAUGUGCAGGUCAGAGCACAUGCUGACAAUCAAACAUUAAAUUAACAGUCUUUAUACUCACUCUCAAGGAGUAGCAUAUGCACACUGUUGUAACCAACAGAAUAGAUUAAGAACUAGGAAGUGUAAUUCCUGGUUUGCUGACUUACAUGGCUUCAAAGUCCAUCUUUAAAAUACUUGUAGGGAGCAUUGGAGCAUCGUUAACACCCUCAAUAAAAUUAAGUGGUUAUGAUACCUAGCAUAUGCAUUUAAAUAUUGCACAUUAAAAUUGAAUGACUGUUAAUCACAUAUUGUUGUAUAUAGUUAUAUAUUUUGUUUGUGUUCAAGGGGAUUUCACAGCAUCCUUCAUGUUAAGGUGGCAUGUAUAGAAGAUGGCCGUUUCCAGCUCGUUGACAGUGGUCCAUCCUUUCCUUGUGUUUUCGAUCUGGUCCAGCAUUACAUCCAAAGUCCACUUGUUGUACCAGGAGAGGAACAGUUGUGCCUUCAGUGUCCAGUGUCUGUAGUAGAAAGGUGACAACAGUAGACCUUCACAGAAAAUUCCAAAUUUAUAAUCUGACAACUGUGCCCGGUGGCUAUUUCAGUUUUCCGUUUCCACUGGAUUGUAUAGGUGAUAACCUGAAAUCUCACCCAGUGAAUGUCACAUGGUGCUAGAGGAGAAAAUGAAUAUAUUAUCACGUUGUAUAAGCUUGCC